AUGACCUCAUCCCUUUUCACCAUGGCAACGGGACCAGCGGGAGGUAAACAGAAGAAGGUAAGCCACGCCUACUGGUGGGAAGCCACGCCCAGUAAACUGGCAGCGCGCGGCCGUAGCGGCGGCUGCGGCUGGUUUUGCCGGGCGCUCCGCUUUGAGCUGGAAGGAGUUACGGGUUGGCUGGGCGGUGGAGGCAAAGGCAAGGGGAAGGGCAAAGGGAAGGGUAAAGGCAAAGGGGGGAAGAAAUCCAAGAAGGGGCCAGUUGAGGUGGACAUCCUGAGCCCGGCUGCCAUGCUCAAUGUCUACUACAUUGCCCACAACGCCGCCGCCUGCUUGGAGUUCCGUGGCUUCCCGUGGCCAGACUCACCAAAAAAGAAAGGGAAGAAGCGGAAAUAAGAAUCCAGCCGUAGGAAAACCCCAAGUUUGGGGAGGGAGUCAGCGCACCCUAAAGGGGAGGAAGACUUGUGGGGACUCCCCCCCCCAAAAAAAACCACAAGCAAAAUUCACUCAGGUUUCUUGCCUUGCCGUAAUCGCUGUGAUGGUCAGAAUGAAGCAGCUCUUGCUUGCAACGACGAGAAGUAAAUGUUGCUUUGAGAAGCCGACCGCAGCACUGCGGCGAGUGUGUUCCUCGUUGUUACAGGAAGUAACCUGCAGAACCCUCCAUGCCUGGUUUUGAUCAUGUGUGCUGGGGGUGGGCUUUGCACUGGUUGCUUCUGCCACUUCUGGGACAUUUACUUCCCUCAGGCAUGAGGCUCCGUUGUUUAAACCAAGUUGCAUCUGCAACUUGGGGGACCUUUUGGGAUCCAGGACGUUCACAAGCUCAGUAGUCUACAUGCUAGUCAAGGCUGGCCUGAGCAUAAAGGCAGGUUAAGGACUUGCCUGGGGCAGCACAGUUGGGAGGGCUGGGGGGAAUGUAGACGUCCAGCCUCUCUGCUUCUAGCAUGGCCAGUUUCCAGAGAACGUCCCAUAAUAUAUUUGUGACAUCCCAGGGGAUUCCGGGGGCCCAGUGUCACUUCUACAUGGGGGCAGCCGUUAUAGGAUCUUGGCAAGGUUACCAGUCAUUAGCAUUUUGCCCUAAAUGGGAUCCUGGUUAACUUGCAGGGGUAGAGAUCUUGUAUCUUUUUUUUAUUCUGAAAAUCCCAGGCUUGCAUGCUGCACCAUGUGCGACUCAUUUGGUGGAGGGAAGUAGUUAAAAUGUCCUGUAACUGUGUGUCUGGGGUGGUCAAGGAUUAGAUGUUGGAAGGUGAAUGUAUGCAUAGGAGAAGGAAUAAAUGGGCAAGAAUGUCUGUAGGAUGGCAUGUGAAGCAGAGCACACGCUGGUUCGGGGCAGCUUGACAGGCUCAGGUGCAGUUUUGUCAGCAGGUUUGGUAUUGUUGCCUAAACAGGUUCCCAAAAGUUCAGACUCGAAAGCCUCAUCCACAGCAAAGAAGGAUUUGAUAUCUGCCUGAGCUGUGUGUGUGUGGAGGGGGGAAUGGUGCCAGUCUGGAAAUGUAAUGGAUACUGGCAGAUACAUCUCAGUGCUUGCCUUCCCAUGCACAACUCUGACUUUGUAGACCCAGCUUACGGGGCCAAAACCUUGGGAGACAGCUGGCCUUACAGCUGUGCUGUACUGAUAACGCUUGGUUCAGGAAGACACUGAAGCUGGAGGCUGAUAAAAAGGGCACUGCCUAUCUGAACCUUCUGCUCCCUCCCUGUCUGCAAGGGGCAUGUGCUGCUGGCUUGGGAGAAGGGGCGGGUGCCUUCCUGAUGGAGAGUAGGCAUUAAACAGGUGUAUAAUGUUUUGUUCAAAUCUGCCCUUUUUACUGUCCAUAGUGGCUGUGUUUGGCUUCAGGGAAGUUCAGUAUGCCUUUUGGUGCCAGCAGCCAGACUUAGCUUGAUUUAACUUAAUACAAGGAGCUAAAUAUUGUGUGUUUUAAAUGGUGCUAUUAGAUAUGCCAGUCCAAAAAGGUUGGUUUGAGAAGGAGGUGUAUUAUUUCAUCUUGCACAACCAGAAGCCUACAGAUUGUUUCUUUAUUAGUUACCAAGGAAUAACUAUAACGUACAAAUGUUUUCCAGUCUGGGCACAGGUAAGAAGAAGCCAGUAUGUGCAUUGUAAGUUCCCUGGGAGUGCACCCAGGCUGGAAAAGACCAUUCACAUGUUGCCCAUGAUCCAGUGUGCAAUUAGGUGGACUUGUCCUGUUGCCCUCAGUGGACUUUAUCCACACCAAAUGUUGGAUUGUGGUCAUUACGUUUCACUUACUUCUCCCAACAUUCUAAGUCUGUCAUUGGGUUGCAUUCCACUUAGUCCUGCUCAGAGUAGACCCAUUAAAAUGAAUGACCCGGAGUCAUGUUCAUUAACUUCAGUGGGUUUACUCUGAGUAGGACUAGCACUAAAUAUUUCCCCCUGUGUCUCUACAUAUAAUUAAGCAUAUAUCCAGGCUUCUGUAUAACUUUUCUUUAUGUAUUGUGAAUUUAACCUCAAGAAGUUUUGGAUUUUUUUUAAAAAAAAUGUCUUUGUUAUUGAUUCAGAAUUACACCUAAUAAGUUUGUAGUCCUUUACGCGUUCUAAAAGCACGUUCAUCACAAUCAUCCGUCUCUGCUGCGUAAUCCUAGGUUACUAGUGAAGAUACAUCAGUAGGUUGAAUGAAGGCAGGGGGAAUACCGCAAGGAAAAUGCCUGUUGUCCAAAAGAAGGUGAGGCUGGAGAGGGAAAUCCUGUCACGCAAGCAGAAGGGGAACAAAAUGACCCAACAGCAAUUACUGUACCAAGGCUCUAGAGGAGUUCAGAAGUUGGGGGAAGCAAGCAGAUCUUGACAAAACAGGAAGUGAGAGGGAAGUUGAUGAUGGAAGGUCAAGCACAGGGGGAAGAGGGGGUGAAUGGAUUCCGGUAUCAAUUAGGCAACAGAUUUAUGGAUAUAGCCUACAGAUUCUGUUAGGCCAACAGCUGUAUUAGAUGUGCCGGGCAUUCCUAAGUUGUUUUUCUUUCCCAUAGAUUAGACUUCAGGAGAGUUAGCUCACAUCCACACCCCACACUUAAAGCACAUGGCUUUCCCCUAAGAAUCCCGAGAACUGCAGUUUAUCCCUCCCUCACAGAGCUUCAAUACCUUAACAAACCACAUUUCCCAUGAUUCUUUGGGGGAAGCCAUAUUCUUUAAAUGUGUGCUGUGGACGUGACCUUAGGCUAAGCACUUUCCUGUCAUUGUGCCCAGACUAGCUGUUGUCUCCCUCCAUGCCCAUUCAAAACGGAAAGAAGGGCAUGAUCUGGCUAAGGAGCAGCUCAGAGCCAUGGAGAAGACUCCCCCUUUCCCUUUUAUUGAUAUAUCAAACCUCUGCCCUACCACAACUAAUUCCCUCGCUGAGGGGGAUUCUCCUGUUUGAGUUUGGGUUCAAGGGGAAACAUGCUGACUCUUGUGCUAAUAUAUUUGUUUCCUUUUAUUUGUUUAUAGGCUCCUCCCCAUCCCCUGCUGGAAAUCCUAUAAAGGUUUCCCCCUAAUGCCCUUCUUGUGCUUACAUGGCUUUUUGUACACAAGAGGAAAAAAAAGGCUGACAGUUGUGGAGGGCUGUAAUUUGCAACCCAUUUGUUCUGCAGUUGUUCCAAAGGCCUGAGAGUAAUUUGGUGCGAGGUGCUUCCUGGAAUUAACCAAUUAAUUUCAGACCUAUGAAAGGGGUGGAAGGGGGAGAUAAAGACCAAAUGUAAAAUAGGAAAGCCAAUGGGAUGGUUGUUGUUCAGUUUCCAAAUAGUGGAUAUUUUUACUUCUGGAUCUAUUUGGAGGUAAUAAAAU